AUGCGGUCCAGUGUCUGGUUAGCGGUCCUCGCCGGCCAGGCGUCGCUGACUUCUGCAAAAUCCCGUUUCGAAGUGAAUCACGGUAGUUCCCUAAACCAUUCCUAUCAGCAUGGUCUCCUCCACUCGCGAGAUCUGCCUACUGGAACCUGCAACGCCGCCACGCCUUGCGCAAAUGGAGCUUGUUGUGGCAGUGACAAUCUGUGCGGUUAUUCGGCUGCGUUCUGCGGGACAGGUUGCCAAUCUAACUGCGACGCCAAGGCAGAAUGCGGACCGUAUGCUGUUGAAGGCCAGCAGACAUGCCCUCUCAACGUCUGCUGCUCUGAAUUCGGCUUCUGCGGAUCUACCACCGAGUUUUGUGUUUGGUCCAACCCAGAUGAUCCGGAAUAUUCGACCUGCUCCACGGAAUAUGGUGGCUGUGGCAGCGUGAAACGACCGGCUUGUUCAACAGGGGGCAAUAGCGUGGGCAAGCGCAAUAUCGGUUACUAUGAAUCAUGGGCAAAUACUCGCACAUGUGACCAGGUUGCUCCGGAAGAUCUUAACUUGGAUGGGUUUACCUCAAUCAAUUUCGCCUUCGCCUUUUUUGACCCGACCUCUUUCCAGAUCAGCCCGAUGGAUGGUAACGCCGCGUCGCUAUACAGCCGGUUCACGGCCUUGAAGGGCAAUAAACCCGGUUUGGAAACGUGGAUUUCGGUAGGGGGUUGGUCAUUCACUGAUCCAGGUUCGACACAGAGAGCAUUUAGCGAUAUGGCGAGCUCUGCCGCAAAUCGCCAGGCGUUUAUCAAUGGCGUAAUUCAAUUCAUGAACACAUACGGGUUUGACGGACUGGAUCUUGACUGGGAAUAUCCCGGGGCGGAUGAUCGCGGUGGUGUCCCCGCGGAUACAGAGAACUUCGUCACACUUUGCCAUGAGAUCCGCGCCGCAUUUGGCACGAAGUAUGGCCUCACGGUGACCCUUCCCACAUCGUACUGGUAUCUCCAGCACUUCGACCUCCCGGGUAUUCAAGAUUCAGUCGACUGGUUCAACCUGAUGGCCUAUGAUUUGCACGGCGUCUGGGAUGCGCAGUCGAUAUAUGUCGGACCGUACAUCGCACCCCACACCAAUAUUACCGAGAUCGAUCUUGCGCUGGAUCUCCUCUGGCGCGCCGGGGUUGAUUCAAGCAAGGUUGUCAUGGGCCAGGGGUGGUACGGUCGAUCCUUCACGCUGGAAGACCCAAACUGCAACACGCCGAACGGUGUCUGCCAGUUCUCCGGCGGCGGAGAUGCAGGCCCUUGCUCCCAGGCUUCCGGCAUCCUAAACUAUGAGGAAAUCAGCGACGUGAUCACCGAAUAUGGCGUGCAGCCUGUGUGGGACAAGACCGCGGCGGUGAAGUGGAUCAGCUGGGCCGAUAAUCAAUGGGUGUCAUACGACGAUGGAGAUACCUUUAAGCAAAAGCGCGACUUUGCCAACAGCCGCUGUCUCGGCGGCCUGAUGGUCUGGGCCGUCGAUCAGGUUUCGCAAACGGCUGACAAUGGCUUUGGCGGGUCUGCUGCGGCGGCUGGUACGAGCGUGACGCCUAGCCAGCAGGCGGACGCGGACCAGUCAUCCAAGGAUAGCCUGGCCGGGUUGACAUGCUACGUUGCGGACUGCGGACAGACCUGUAAGCCAGGAACUGGGGAGGUGGCUCAAUUCAAUGGGCAGCCGGGCCAGCUCAGCACCUCGAACCGCUGCGCCUCCAAGUCCUACCGCAGCUUAUGCUGCGACUCCAAGACCAACGUUGGCACCUGUCAAUGGCGAGGGUAUCGCGGAGCCGGGCUGAGCUGCAUUGGGGGCUGUGCGGAUGGCGAAACGGAACUGACAACCAAUACCAAUUCGCAUGACAGUAAAGCCGGUGACAAAAACUGCCAUGGUGGGUUGCAGAGCUUCUGUUGUGCCAACUUUCAGCCGACCAGCUCAAGUCUCCAGGAUGACCUGGAGGAUGCAGCAAAGGCUGCAGCAGAGGCUGCCGCGGAGCAGGCAGCAUUAGAUAUAGCAGCAAAGGCAUUCUGUCGUAUUGCUGUGCCCGCGCUGCUGGCGCCGCUGGAGCUGGUUGAAGACCUGAUUCCCAUUUUCGGUGAAAUUGCAGAUGCUAUCGAGAUCGCUGCUACUCCCGCCAUCAUCGACGGGUGUGUUAAGGGGAUCGAAAAGGAGGGCAAGGCCGAAUUCAAGGUGUUUGGAAAGAAGCACACGCUGAGUUUCAGUGAGCCCACGACAAAACCGACCGAUGUUCCGGAUCGGCCUCCCAGCAAGUCUGAUACUCCAACCAAGACAGGGGACAAGGACGAACCAACCUGCCAGGCCAAGGCGAAACGCGCGGAUGCCCCCGUGCCGACCAAUACCCACUAUGUCGACAGCAAUAAGUUCAAGAUUCUUUCCAGCACGGUGCAUAGCAAGAAAAACACCGACUGGGUCGAUGGACAGGGAUGGGCCAUCAAAGCUCAAUGGCCACCCACUGGCGUGAUUGCGCUCCCUGAGCACUACCAGCUCAUUGCCGGCUAUGUCACCGUUGCGCGCCGUCAGACCGAAGAUGUCGACUCGUGCGGCAAUACCAAACGCGUGGUCGUCACGCUCAACCGUGACUGGCAGGGGUAUGCCUACGAUAUUCGAGCUCAGGGCGGUAGGGUUAUUUUCAUGAUCCGCACGGCUUCAGCAGCCACCUGGGACGGAGAUAAUGCGAAGAGAACGUAUGGACCGUUCACGGUGGUGUAUUCCGACCUGGGACCUAUACGCCAGGGACUGGAUUUUGCCCAAAUCCAGGCCAGAGGGCAAGUGCUGGCGAACACCAUGGGACCGUACGUAUAUUGGACCAACAACUGUAAUACAUUUGCAACGCGGCUGUAUCAGGACAUCGCGCUGUGA